CGUUCCCAUGGCAGUUGGUAAGCAUUUAGUGCGUGCUUCUUCUCUCUCCUCUCUCACUCACUUCUCACUCAUUAUUUCUAUUUUCGUUUCUGGGUUUUCAAUUUUGAUUUAGUGAGAGAAAAUUGCAGUAACUUCUCUCACUUUCUCUCUCUAAAAACUCCAUUUUUUUAAUAGAUCCGUUUACAUUACAUUACCCUUCUUCCUCCUGCAUUCUCUACCACUUGCCAUUCCUACAUUUCAAGUAUUUGGAAGAAGAGUAUGGGGUUCAUAGUGGAAAUUUAAUGAAAUGAUUAGUUAACUUAAGCUUCAGUCAUGUAUGAAUCCAGGGAUUAUAAUUGAGCCUCAGAAAUUCUCAGCAUCAGGGUUUCAAUACAUGCUAUUAGUGGUAAUAUUUGUACAGUUAUUGGGUAAAUAGUGGAAAGUUUGAUCUGGCAUCCCAUUUGAAGCUGUGAAGGUUAGAAGACUAUGGAUUGUGAUUAGAUUCUGUAUUGGAAGUUAAUUUGAUUGAAUUUCGACCAUUUCGACGAAAAUUAGGGUCUAAUUGUGUAUUGGGAUUGUAUGAUCAAUUGGUAAAUACUUUAAUUAGGGCUAAUAGUAGAAAUAGGGGGUACUUGAGUUGGAUUCUUGGUGAUUUAGGGUUUGAUUAAUUCGUAAAUUUGGGUGGGAAAAAUGAUUGAAUCAGAGCUAUGUGCAUCAAGGGUGAUGUCACCAUUUAGAGAAGAAAGUGGGGAUGAAGAGCUUUCAGUUCUACCAAGGCACACAAAAGUUAUUGUGACUGGUAACAAUCGAACAAAAUCCGUUUUAGUUGGAUUGCAAGGAGUUGUUAAGAAGGCUGUUGGUCUUGGUGGUUGGCAUUGGCUGGUUCUGAAGAAUGGAAUAGAGGUGAAGCUGCAGCGGAAUGCGCUGAGUGUGCUAGAACCACCUACAGGUAACGAAGAUGAUGAUGAGCUUGAUCACUCUAGUAGCAGCUCUGACCUGGGAGACAAGGACAAUGAGUUUGCUAGCAUGGAGUUUCACAAAGUGAGCAAACCAAGAGUUCGCCAUACAAGGCCAUGGGCUCCAUCUGUUAUCGCCAAGUCAAACCACGGAAAUAGCUUGAAGGAACUCCGCCCCGUCAUUCAUACCCCUAACUGUAGACUGAACUUUGCUAAGCUCGGAAGUGAUUCACUGUGGAGAUAUUUGAGCCGAUUUCACCUGGGGAGCAUGAAUUCUAGCUCAAGGGAGCAAAUGAUUAGUUUAGUGGAGCGCCACUUUGCUUCACAGAAAGUCGAUGAAGUUCAGGUGAUUGCGGAAUUCAUUCAUGCAGCCAAGAAACUGAGGAGCAUUAACAGAAGUAGGGAGUGAAAAUAUAUCCAGGUGUUGAUCUAGAAAAUGGUCUAUUCUAUGUAAUUAUAUAAUAUAUAUACAUAAAAUCUUAGCCUAACUUUUAGAUGAAAUCAAAUCUAACUACUGAAAGACCAUGGUUUUGGGAGAGGGGUUGGUUCAUUCACCUGCAGCUGGCUAGAACUGACACUCUCGAGUCUCGACUCGGAUUCUAACCUUGUAUUCUGGUAUGUAGGCUAGAAGGUCCAGUUAAUUUAAUAUCUAUAACCCAAGUUCUCUCUGUUAUAUAGUCCAGUUCGUAUGUCUUCUAAUGGUAGGAUUGGGCAUGAAAUUGCAGGUUGAUUAUAUUUAUAUAUUAUGCAGAUUUCAUGCUUUGAUUUUUA